AUGCAAGAAGGAAUAACAACGUCGUAUGGCACAUCAGCUGAUGAUGGCAAUUAUUAUUAUCAUCAGAGUCAUCCCGAAGGAGAAACAUCAUCUCCUUCAAUAUUAUUAAAUUCUAAUACUAUUAAUAAUAAUAACAAUGAUGAUGAUAUUACUAGUAGAGAAGAAGAACAUGGAAUGGAACAAGGUAAUAUUAAAAUAGUCAAACGAUAUGAAGACAUGUCGAGCGACAUGAUUAAAUCCUUCAAAAGAAGGGAGAGAAAAUUACAUUUUGAAGAUAAAAGUGAUAAGACUUCAACGUUGGCAAGGCUUUGGUCUGGAGUGUUUAAAACUAGUAGAAAUAACAAUGAAGGAAAUCAAGAAGAAGAAAGGGAUUUACUUCAUGAUGAUGAUAACGAAAAUUCCGAGUUGAACUUUUCAAUUAAUGAAGAACAUUUUGCUUUAAAGAAGGGUAAUGGAAAUAAGAGAAGGAAAAAGAGGGAUUUUCCAUUAUUUACGAGAAAGACUAAUUUAUUCUUGACAGUUUUCAAUUUAAUUAAUGAUAUCUUGUCACCUGGUACCAUGUCUAUGAGUCAAAUGAUUUCUCAGAGUGGUGUUUGGAUGUCAAUUGUUAGUGUAACGUUUUUUGGAAUGAUUACUUCAUUUACUUUGAUUUUGUUAUAUGAAAUGUCGAGAGGACAUUUAAAAACGAGUUUGGCUAGUCUUGCAGAGAAGGCAUAUGGUAAACCUGGUACAAUUUUGACAUGUAUAUUCAUAUUUAUUUUCAAUUUUGGAGGAGCUUGUGGCAUGUACAUUAUGUUUGGAGAAGUUGCUGGAGAUUUAUUAUUAUAUUUAUUUGAUGAUGUUCCUAAUAUUUUCAUUAGUAGAACUGCAAUCUUGUUGUACUUGACUGCAUUUUUGAUUCCUAUUGCACUAAUGAAAAACCUUUCGAGUUUUGCCUUUACAUCAUUUAUUUCGGUUAGUUCAGUCUUGAUUAUUACUGGACUUAUUAUGUUUGAGUCAAUUUUCGGAUAUAGAUCCAUUCCUAGUCCAUCAGAUGCUUACAAUUUUGUCCAUCCGCAAUUUUUAUCAUCCAUUGCUGGUUUAUCCUUUAUUUAUGUUUCUCAUGAUAUUGUCUUUCACUGUUUUGGUGAAAUGAGAAGACCAACAAGGACUAGAUUUUACACAGUCGUUUUCACAGUUGUCUUUUUAACUAUGGCCACCAUUUUUGCAAUUGGCUUGUCAGGGUAUUUCCUCUUUUAUGAUAAGAAUUUAACAGAGGGUAACAUUUUGGAUUUAUUACCACGUUCAUAUGGAUUGGCAAUUGUUGCUCGUUUACUCUUGAUUUUGGACAUUGCACUCUCAGUACCUUUUGCAUUAUUCAUGCCUCGUGAUGGUGUCAAGACCAUUGUUGAAAGCAUCUUUCCAAAGUUUUCAGUUUGGAUUAAUAUGACCAAGUGGAGAAGAGAAACUUACCAUGUGAUUGUCACAUUGAGUAUUGUUGCAAUUGCUUGUGGUGUUGGAUUGGGAGUUACUGACCUUGGAAUGUUCUCAGAUCUUUGUGGUGGUGUUUCUGCAACAUCAUUGGCCUACAUUAUUCCACCUGCCUUAUUCUUGAAAUUGGACCCUUGGAAAGGAUGCUGCAGUAAUAGGACAGGUCUAUUCAGAGCAGUUGUUAAGGUUAUAUGUAUUAUUGUCCUUACAAUUGGUGUUACAUGUUUUGCUAGUAGUAUUUUCAGUGUUAUUUAUCACACAUUCAUUCUUCAUGAUGCUUAA